AGUGCGCGCAGCUCAGGAGUCAACUCGUCGUCGUGUGAUUCCAGGAAGUGUUUGGUGAGAAUAAAAAAUGUAAAUGUCGACCAAAGAAUAGAACCAGAAAAGAACUUACAAAAGAGUUGCUUCAAAAAUGUCGUGGAGACUGAAGUUAUUUUCUUCGGAUAUUCAGUCCGUUAUUGAUGUGUGUGUUAGCGACCCAGCAUGUCCAUUUAAAAAUUUUGAACAUGGCAACUCCUGCUUCAGUUUUGUUCUAGACGCCAGUGGUGAGCUGACGGCCUAUACAUUCAGCACAACAGAAGACUACCCAGAAAACAGUGCCCUGACAUGUCUACGUUACCCAAACACACCAGAAAUCCUCCAUGAGAGAAUACAGGUCGUCUUUAGCAAACUAGCAAAGGAACAUUGGAAAGCUCUGAAUCUAUAUGUACCAGAACUCAACAGCAUUCAAGAUAAAGGAGGGGGUGAUGCUGAUACCUUGAACGGCCAGAAUCUGAUGGUGAUCGAUGAUGAGCAACCACCGUGUUCCCCUGCAUCAGUGUACACUGAUGGUGCAUACGAUACAGACGAUACUGACUAUGAUGAUAUGUACUAUAUGGAUUCGGAAGAUAACGGGUAUUACUGUGAAGAAGAAACAGACAGUAGCAUCCAUCCGUUACUAUCACAUGAUAUGGACCAGGUCAGAAAAUUCUAUGGACCUAAUGCAGUCAACGGCAGGGUGUUUGCUGAGUUGAGAGAUAUAGACGUUGAGCUGAAUAUUGAUGUUUCAUUUUUGGAGGAGGAGAUCAGCAAGGCGUGGUGCAUUAACAGACAUGAACCCAUUGUGAUAAGACUCCAUUGUUCACUCACUAAGUACUUAGAUGCAAACGUACCAAAAGUUGAAGUAUUCCAAUCUUCCAAGAGUGGUCAUUCUGGUAUAUGUAGCCAACUCAGAAAAAUUGCAGAGGGUAUGCUGCUGAAUCAGUGGAAGUCGGUGAGCAAUGAGAAAGUGCAAUCCCAGCUGAAACAGGCCACUCCAUCACCAAGCAGGUCACCCGCUAGGGCGCUGUCAGUCGAAGACCAAAGCGUGGCUAAGCUAGUAGGCUUAGGCUUUGGGGUCGAUGAUGCAUGCAGUGCACUCAGAAUGUCGCAAGGGAGAGUUGAAGACGCUGCUAGUCUCCUAGUCACCCAACCGGAAAUUUGUAGUAGUAACGUAGUGACUGAGAUCAAUCAUAAGAAGCCCAGUAAGAGAUUGUUCCCAUGGCAGAGGAGUUCAUCGGUCAAUGGUCAGCCAGUAACGCCCCCCGGCACUGAAGAAUUGCAUCUCAUUCCAGCUGCUACUCAGAACGGCAAGAAUGCCAAAGUCUUACCAGUGCUUGAACACGGUUUCAUGUAUCAACUCUUCACCUAUCUAAGGAAUAGAAUCCCAACGUUGAGUGAAUUCUGUGUGGUGUGUGAUGAGCAGCAUAUAUUCCAAAAUGGAGCUAUGUUGAAGCCUGCAGUCUGCGAGCGGGAGCUUUGCGUCUUCUCCUUUCAGACCCUAGGGGUCAUGCAAGACGCCGCAGCCAACAUCGCUACAGGAGCUGAAGUAGUCGACCUCAUGGUCGCCAUGGUAGCUUCCUCCAUCAGGUCAAGUCGCAGACAUUUGAUCUUUGACCCCUACCCUAUGGUCGUUGACCCCAGGAACUCCAAAGAAUUUGCCUUCACACCACGGAAAAAGAACUAUGAAAGGAUACAGCAGUCCUUGGACAGCUUCAUCACGAUCAGAGAAAUGCUCGCUGCUGGGAGCUCUUCGGACGUCAAGAAGCGGAUGGAUGGGCAGGAUGUGCUAGCAUACCCCUUACUACAAUGGAUCAUCUCCAGCAAUCGUUCACAUAUCGUUAAGCUCCCAGAGGGAAAGCAAAUAAAGUUCAUGCAUACACCUCAUCAGUUUCUUCUCUUGAGUAGUCCUCCAGCUAAGGAAGCCGCCUUCAGGAAAGCUAAGAUGCUGAGUGGAAGCACCUUUGCCUUCCACGGUUCGCAUAUAGAGAACUGGCAUUCAAUACUCAGGCAUGGUCUGAUCAACGCUUCAGGAACUAAGCAUCAGAUGCAUGGAGCUGUGUACGGUAAGGGCAUCUAUCUGAGUCCUCAUUCAAGCGUGUCUUUUGGUUACUCUGGCAUGGGUCAUGGUAUCUUUAAGCAGUCUAAGAAGCUAGCAGGACAAGAAGAUGCUAAAACAAGACAUGUACGAGAGCCAGCCCAGUCUAACUGUCGCUUCUUACAAAGCAAGAAUCUGACGUGUAUAGCACUUUGUGAAGUUGUUAACACCAAGGAACUGACGAAACAUGGUCAUGUAUGGGUGUGUACUAACCCAGAUCUCGUCUGCACUAGGUUCUUCUUUGUAUAUGAAGAUGGCAAGGUUGGCGAUCAAGCAGUAGAUACAACUCAAGAAAAAUAUACCCGAGAAAUCAUCACAUCAAUGGCCGACUGCUAGAUGGGUAGUCGGUGAUAGACCAAUGGCAAUAGAUGAAUGCUUUGGGAGACCAAAAUACAACGGGCCACAGUACACACUAAAUACAUGUGCAAAUGUAUGAGGCUACAGAAUGAGUCUACAGAAUGUUUAGGGAGACCAAAACACAAUGGGCCACAGUACACACUCAAUACCUGUGGAAAUGUAUGAGGCUACAGGCUACAGAAUGAGUCUACAGAAUGUUUAGGGAGACCAAAACACAACGGGCCACAGUACACACUAAAUACCUGUGGAAAUGUAUGAUGCUACAGAAUAAGUCUACAGAAUGCUUAGGGAGACCAAAACACAACGGCCACAGUACACAAUUAAUACAUAUGGAAAUGAGGCUACGAAAUUUCACUGAUAUGUUAGAAUCUGCAUUGCUUUAUAUAUGAGGCUGCAGAAUUUAGUUGAUGUGCAAUCAUCUGCAUCAUACCAUGAGGCUGCAUAAUACACUAUCAUUGUAUCAGCUUCAUUGUAUAAUACAUGAAGCCCCAGAUUGUCAUUUGUGUAUGAUCAUCUGCAUUCUAUAGUAUUUGAGGCUGCAGAAUACACUGACCUAAGUUACCAGCUGCAUUGAAUCAUACACUGGAUUGCAGAAUGAUGGCAACACCAUUUCACAUGUGAGGCAGCAGAAUAUCAGUGAUGUAUUGUCAGCUGCUCUGCAUCAUACAGAGGUCUGCGGAAGUACACCAUCACCAUCAGCUAUGUAGUUUCAUAUGAGAGGCAGGCUGCAGAAUACGACUGAUGUGUGAUCCCUGCAUUGUAUCAUUCAGGUCUGCAGAACUGCUGCAUUACAUGUGUAAGGCUACAGAAUGUCACUGACGCCAUCUGUCUUUUAGUGUCGGUUAUGAUUCUACAGAGUAUCCCUGACAUAUCAGCCGCAUUGUUUUCUCUGAUUCUGCGGAAUGUCUUUUACAUAUCAGCUGCAGAAGAUCUUAUUCUGCAGAAUGUCUUUAACAUAUCAGCUGCAGAAUGUCAUGGAGGCACUGCAGGCUGCACCAACUUCGCCUGUUCAUGAAAGGGUUUUGCUAUUUACGAAAUGAACCCCACCCCUUGUUUACCCACAAUGAGGUACAAGCUUUUUUACAGUCAUCUUUUCUUUUUUAUUUAUUCAAUAUUAUUCAACAUUUUUUGCUCUGAACCAUUUGUUUGUAUACAUUUUGACCUUUUUUGAGUCAAAACUGACAUAAUGGCAUGAUGUGAAAUAAUUGUUGCAAACGGUCCGAGUUAUAUACACAUUUUUGUGUGCUUGUGUGUAGGUUGACUUUUGAUGGUAUUUUAAAUUGGGUACAGUAUAUACUUUAUAAUGGAUUUAAAGUAAUGGUUAAUGAAAUGUAAAACAAUGUUUUACUCUAUAUACUUGGAUGUAUUUGCAACCAGGGUUCGUAAGGAUGGAUGCCACGAAGACUUUUCUUAGAUGGCAUCACUAUUCUAGGAAUUAUUUAUCUAUUAUUUAGGCCUGUUUUUUAAUUUAUUUAUUCUGGUUGUGAAGCCCAGGAUUCUCAGCAAAGCUGACUUUAAUCACUGUCUACCUUUAUCAUGCUGUCAUCAUCUUGAUCAUAUUCCUUUUUUCCCAAUAACAGUGAUGAAUGCUAACAUUCAUUGCGCAAACAUGGCACCAGACUAUUAGUUAGGUUACAAUGAGUUAGAAUGGAGUAAAAUCAAGAUGGCCACACCGUGAUAAAGGUCGACCUAUACUAGACAAGAACCCUAAAGAGAGAAGACAAAGAAGGAAUGUUUCAGUUUGUUGGAGGAAAACCCCGGAGAAAUUAUUGCAGGGCAAACCAAGGUCAGGGACUGAAAACAAAACCCACAUAGUGCUGCCAUUAGGAUUCAAACCAGGGUCCGAAAGGUGGAAG